CCUCCUCCUCGCCGCCGCCGCCGCGUCUUCUCCCUCAGCUUCCCGGCGGCUCCACGGCGCAGGCCCGCUGCAGCGCAGCCGCUCUGAGUAGCUAUUAAUGGAGGAACACACGGUGACCCAGACGGAACACAUGGCCACCAUCGAGGCCCAUGCGGUGGCCCAGCAGGUCCAGCAGGUCCACGUGGCCACGUACACGGAGCACAGCAUGCUCAGCGCCGAUGAAGACUCGCCCUCUUCUCCUGAGGACACCUCCUAUGAUGACUCCGACAUUCUCAACUCCACGGCUACCGAUGAGGUGACCGCUCAUCUGGCUGCUGCAGGCCCAGUGGGGAUGGCAGCGGCCGCUGCGGUGGCAACAGGUAAAAAAAGGAAGCGGCCCCACGUUUUCGAGUCCAACCCCUCGAUUCGCAAGAGGCAGCAGACACGAUUGUUACGGAAGCUCCGUGCCACGCUGGAUGAAUACACCACCCGCGUUGGACAGCAGGCCAUCGUCCUGUGCAUCUCGCCCUCCAAGCCCAACCCCGUUUUUAAAGUAUUUGGUGCAGCGCCGCUGGAGAACGUGGUGCGCAAGUACAAGAGCAUGAUCCUGGAAGACUUGGAGUCAGCGCUAUUGGAGCAUGCACCUGCGCCACAAGAGGUGAACUCGGAGCUGCCACCUUUAACCAUCGAUGGGAUUCCAGUCUCUGUGGACAAGAUGACCCAGGCGCAGCUGCGGGCAUUCAUCCCUGAAAUGCUGAAAUACUCGACAGGGCGUGGGAAGCCCGGCUGGGGCAAGGAGAGCUGCAAGCCCGUUUGGUGGCCGGAAGACAUUCCGUGGGCCAACGUUCGCAGCGACGUCCGGACAGAGGAGCAGAAGCAGAGGGUGUGUGUUGAAUGCCCUCUUGCUUCUGCAAAGGGCUCUUCCUUGGUAUCUUGGACUCAGGCGCUGAGGACUAUUGUGAAGAACUGCUACAAGCAGCACGGCCGUGAGGACCUGCUCUAUGCGUUUGAAGAUCAGCAAACACAGCCUGCCACAGCCACACACAGUAUAGCACAUCUGGUUCCAUCCCAAACCGUGGUCCAGACCUUCAGUAAUCCUGACGGCACAGUCUCUCUCAUCCAGGUGGGCACAGGAGCCACGGUGGCCACCUUAGCAGAUGCCUCUGAAUUGCCGACCACCGUAACAGUCGCGCAGGUCAACUAUUCUGCAGUAACUGACGGAGAGGUGGAACAGAACUGGGCAACGCUACAAGGCGGGGAAAUGACGAUCCAAACAACCCAGGCCUCAGAAGCCACGCAGGCGGUGGCAUCUCUGGCAGAAGCUGCAGUGGCAGCGUCACAAGAGAUGCAGCAAGGCGCGACGGUCACCAUGGCGCUCAACAGUGAAGCCGCCGCCCAUGCCGUGGCCACCCUUGCGGAAGCCACGCUCCAAGGCGGAGGGCAAAUUGUCUUGUCUGGUGAAACUGCAGCAGCCGUCGGCGCGCUCACCGGGGUUCAAGAUGCGAACGGGCUUGUCCAGAUCCCCGUGAGCAUGUACCAGACCGUGGUAACCAGCCUUGCGCAGGGGAACGGUCCCGUUCAGGUCGCCAUGGCGCCCGUGGCCGCGAGGAUAACAGACAGCACCGUAACCAUGGACGGCCAGGCGGUAGAAGUCGUGACGCUGGAGCAGUGACGGGCGGCGAAGCGGCAGGAUCAUGGCGCUGCAGCUUCCUCCUUUUCUUGUACGGCAUAAAAACAAAUUUCGACGCCUCUCCGGAGAUGCAAUCAGGUGACAUUUCGAGUCUCGCAGCUUUGGAAGCAAAAGGUUUUGUUAAGAAAAAGGAAAAAAAGGAAAAAGAAAUAGGGAGAGCCAAAGGGCGUAUGCUGGAGCCAUUAUAGCACCGCUCAGGUCUUGCCGGAGAAUGAGAAAGGCCCUACCCGGGGCAGACUGAGCGGAGACCUUCCUCUCCUACCUUGCAUGGACCAUCCUUUAUUUGGGCCGGGGCGAGAUGUGAAGGGGUUUAUGGCCCUCUCUUCUUGGGGGCGGCGGGGCUCCCCGCAGAUUUUCAUUGCCCCCCCCCCCCCAAUCCCUGCAGAGGCUCCAAGCGCCAGUUUCUCCUGCCGUCUUCGUGGUGAGAAUUAGGUGUCAUUUUAACAUGGACAUAAAUUUGAAAAGAGAGAGAGAGAGUUUGAAGAGACUAUCUGGAAAAGACUUUUUUCUUCUUCUUGAGGUGGCGUUAAAAGGAUAAGAAUCUCCUCGAGGGGACACCGGGGGCUGCGAUCCGUUGGUUCUGGAUCCCCCUCAGGUAAAGGAGGGGGCCUUCCUUCCGCGGUCCUUUGGUGGCCUGUUGGAGCAGUUCGCGCCACGCUUCCUUCGUUUUUUAUGCCCAUGCUUGAACCCCACACGCACCCCUCCACCCCUUUCCCUGUUGAUCAAUUUUUGCUUGCGUCCAAACAAAGAGGGGAUUGUGAAGGGACACGUUUGUGCAGUCCUUUCUGCACACUUUCCCUGCUUUUCCCAGAGUAGACCUACGUGGCUGAGACAUUGGCCUUGGGCUGUUGGUGGCAGGUGUGGCGAAGCCUAAACCAGGCCCUUUCCUCCAGCCCUCAGCACUGCUUAGUCCAAGGUGCCUCCUUCCCAUGGCUUCCAACUCCACAUCAGGCAUUCUUAUAUUCUCCGCCUGUGUCUGGCGCCCCUGAACAGCUGUUGCGCCUCGGAAGGAAACUGCCCAAAGCCUCAUUUUUCCCCCCAGUAAGCAGCCCAUGUGGACCACCUUGAGCCCACCACGCUUCUCAAGGCGGCCCAGCGAAGGCACAUCCACCCCGUCACAGAGGCCUCCUUGCCGGUGUCUCAUCAUUGACUGCCAACAGUCCUGUCCCAGCCUCUGUCUUGCUGCGCAUGGACUCAUGCGCCAGCAUGCACAGGCAUCAUAAAAGAAAGAUAGGAAACACGGAAGGAGCACAGCAGUCACUGUGCUCAGCAGAGAAACAGACACAAGCAACAUUGGCCCAUGGGGUGGUGGGUGAGAAGGCCAGCUGUCCCAUCCCACAGCAUAGUUGAACAGCCCUGUCCUUUCUGGAAGCUGAUUUUUUUUUAAAUUUGCCCACCUUCACCUUCUUCUGCCCCCAAAUAAGCAAAACGUUCCUUUACAGAUGGAUUCUGCCUCUUUUCUCCUGGAAUAACACACAGUAUUUAGUUUUGUUCGUAUUUUAUUUUACACGUGACGCCAUGCACCAAACCUCUCCACGUCCAUCUCGGCCUUUCAAAGCAAAGUUUCUCUUUCUUUCUUCCAUUUCCCCCCUCCCCCAGAUUUGCAUUUUUACUUGAGUUUUUAAAAUGGAAAGUCUCAACAGUUCUUUGCGUACUUUCUUUCCCCGCUGGACUUAAAUGGAGGGGAGGGAGCUCCUUCCCACAGAAACAAACCGCAGGUCUCCGAUUUAAUUUUUUAAUUUUUAAAUAUAUUUUUUAUUGUCGUUGUGAAGAUGUCAGGUGUGACUUUAAAGUCGGUGUUCCUUUUUUCGGCAACAGAAUAACGUUCUAAUAGACUGAGAAAAUUAUUCCCCUGAGACCCAAAGAAAAAACAUCCACGUUUUCACCCCAGCCCUAUAGCAGAGCAUGGAAGUACCUGUUGUUUUCCCCAAUUCUGUCUAUUGCCUCAUUCAAUAAAUUGUUACAGAUGUGUCCAUAA